AUGGUUUCUGAGACGAAGCUAUACGAUGCGUUGAGCGUCAAGCCUGACGCCUCGCAAGAUGAAAUUAAGAAAGCCUACCGCAAGGCUGCACUGAAGCACCACCCCGACAAGAACAAAGACAACCCUGCGGCUGCUGAGAAAUUCAAAGAUGUCUCACAAGCAUACGAAGUCCUCUCCGAUCCUGAAAAGCGCAAGGUCUACGACCAGUAUGGCCUCGACUACUUGAUGCGUGGCGGACCCGCUCCACCACCGCCUGGAGGUGGAGGUGGUGGCACCGGCUUUGAAGGAGGCAUGCCCGGUGGAUUCAACUUCGGCGGCAUGCCCAGCGGAGGCGGAGGUCGCACAUUCCACUUCUCAACCGGCCCCGGCGGCGGCGGAUUCCGAUUCAGUGAUGCCGACGACAUCUUCCGCAACUUCGCCAAGAGCAGCGGCGGCGGCGGCGGCGGCGGAGGUAUGGGCGGCUUUGACGAUGAGGACAUUUUCUCAAUGCUUAAUGGAGGGCUUGGUGGCGGCGGAGGCGGCGGCGGAUUUGGCAGAGGCCGUCCGGGCGCUGGAUACUCGAAGCCUAAGCGCGCUCCUACACCUGAACCUACCAUCAUUGAGAAGGAUCUGCCGCUUACCCUGGAGGAGAUCUUCAAGGGUGUCUCUAAGAAGGUUAAGACGAAGAGCAAGGCCUUUGAUAGAACGGGCAAGCUCACCACCCAGGAGAUCACUCUGGAGGCCAAUAUCAAGCCUGGACUGCGUGCUGGCUCUAAGAUCAAGUACCGCAACAUAGGAGACCAAGAAGAAGGCGGCCGACAGGAUGUGCAUUUGAUUGUGAAGGAGCUUGACCACCCAACCUUUAAGCGUUCUGGAGAUAACCUCGUCACAACCGUUGAACUCAGCCUAAAGGAAGCACUGACUGGCUGGGAGCGUAUCGUCAAGACCAUCGACGGCAAGUCCAUCCGCGUCAGCAAGCCCGGUCCCACCCAGCCUGGCCACGAAGAACACUACCCUGGCCUCGGCAUGGUGAUUUCCAAGAACCCCAGCGAGCGUGGAGACCUCGUGGUCCGCGUCAACGUCAAGUUCCCGACCAGCCUGACGUCAUCCCAAAAAGACAUUAUCAAGGACGUGUUGCCAUGA